AUGGCGUAUUUCACUAAACUAAGGCAAAUUGCAUGGUACAAAGAUAGAAGCCAAUAUGCUUACAGGGCCCCCGAAUCUCCUGGUUCUUCUCCAAGACGUCCGUCUGAAGAGAAGGGUUCAGAGGAUGACCUUCUCGAAGAGAUCCAGUACCACACAUUUUCUAGCCGAAGGCCCUUGUGGAAAAAUGGACGAUUCAUGAUCAUUGCUCAUAUUGUGGGUUUCUCCCUGUAUGUUGGGAGUUUGGUCGCUUUGUGGAAUAGCAAGAAUGCAAAUGCUGAGCGGAUCCAAGGAAUGCCGUUCUCUCCCGCCGUGAAGGUCUUAGAGUGGAAAGACACCAUGUUUAGCUUAGAAGAUCGGAUCACAGAAAAGGGAUCCUUCUCAGGGAAGCCAAGUGCGGAACUCGACAAAGCCUGGCAUGAUCUCCUCAAUGAUGAGAACAUCAUGGUCGAGUCAAAGUACAUAAAACACUAUGACCGUGAGGAUAUCACCGUUCGCAUUCCUGACGGGGACGGCUACAUCGGCACCCUCAAUGUAUACCAUGAACUCCACUGCUUAAAGCGUAUUCAUCAGUAUAUGUACCCGGACUACUAUUUCGCGGAUUUAUCUGCAGAGGACAUUGAAAUGAAUAGGCUCCAUAAUGAACACUGUAUCGACUUUCUCCGCCAAUCUGCUAUGUGCCACGGUGAUAUCGGAUUGAUCACGUUCGAAUGGCAUGACAGCAGCCGGAUCCCUGUUGCAAAUGCUACGUCCCAUCAAUGCGUGAAUUGGAAAAAGAUAGAGCAAUGGACCAAGGCUCGGACUGUUGACAUGAUGAAACCGGGCUGGCUGGUUCAUCCUGUAUUUGGUGUUGCAUAUCCAACCGGGGAAGGAGAUAAAAUCGGUGCAGCUAGCAGACACCACUGA